AUGGAGAAUCUCAAUGGAAUUUUUUGGUUUUCACUCCUAGGGCGUGCCAGAUUUGCUGCCGAGAUUAACUACUUUUCAGCUCACAGACGAACAAAUCACCUCGUUCGAUUUAUUGUUGUUGUUGUGGUGGAAGUUACGAGGAUUAGAAAUGAACAUCUUGAUCAUGCUUGUGUUGUGAUCAAUGACCGAGUGAAAGGUUUGUUAAAGGUGACUCGAGCUUUUGGGGCCGGUUUUCUCAAACAGGCUUCGAAUAAAAAGGCUAUGGAAGACAUAGGUGUAAAGAGGCUAUGGAGUACAUUAGUGGAAUAA